AUGUCACGCCGGCCAGUCUUUGUGAAUUCCUCGGCAGCAGGCCAGCAGCGAGAACCCGUUUGCAUCAAUGGCCUUGAGCAAUUCCAUCGAUCGCUUCCCGGCUAUGCUCCAACCCCACUGGUACCACUCCGUGACCUCGCAACUGAGCUGGGUGUCCGGGCUGUGUUCGUGAAGGAUGAGAGCGAUCGAUUCGGUCUACCAUCUUUCAAAGUCCUUGGGGCAUCCUGGGGAUGUUAUCGCGCUAUCGCAGCAUAUCUCGAUCUUCCUUCCACCAUGCCCUUGAAUGAACUCUCGACGAAAGCACAGGAAAAGUCAACUACUCUGGUAGCGGCGACAGAAGGAAAUCAUGGACGAGCCGUUGCGUUCAUGGCUCGACUUUUGGACAUCAAAGCCCAAAUAUUUGUCCCUCAGCAUAUGGAUAACACCACACGGAAUCUUAUUGCAAAAGAGGGUGCCAAUGUGAUUGUUGUCCCCGGCGAUUACAACGAAGCCGUGAAGCAGGGUGCGGAAGCAUCUAAACAAGUGGCCGGUGCACUCUUGAUCCAAGACACGGCUUUUGAGGGAUACGAAGACGUUCCUGCUUGGAUUGUGGAAGGCUAUUCGACGAUGCUAGCAGAGAUUGAAGACCACCUGGCCCAACUUGGCCUUGUUGGAAGCGUUAUGGUUACUCCAGUGGGCGUUGGGAGUCUUGCUCACGCCGUUGCGAGACACUGCAAAUCAAAGGAAAACACUAUGGCAGUUGUCGCCGUCGAGCCCGAUUCUGCUCCGUGCUUGUCGUCUAGUCUAAAUGCUGGGCAAUCAAUCACAGUGCGGACAGGGGCAACCAUCAUGGAUGGAAUGAAUUGUGGCACGCUGUCAGCUACGGCAUGGUCUGACUUGCAGCAACUUGUUGAUGCCUGCGUGACAGUAUCAUGCUACGAGGCACAUCGCGCAGUACAGUAUCUUUCCUCGCACUCGAUUCCAGCGGGGCCUUGCGGAGGGGCUUCGUUGGCAGCAAUACGACACUUGGCUACAUCGAAGGACGCUCCAUCUAUUCUGAACAAAGACUCGGUUGUUGUUCUUCUCGCCACGGAAGGCACACGAGACUAUCAGAUCCCUCAGGAUGUGUCUAUUGAUGACGCUGUUUCUUUGACUCAGGCGCUCACCUGCAUCGAUUCAUCGAAUCCAACACUAUCUGUAGCUGAUGGGGCCGGAGAAACCCAGAUCGUGAACUACCUCGCCUCAUGGUUUGCGCAUCGAGACAUCGAGUAUCACAAAAUCGAGUCCGUGGCUGGACGACCAUCAAUCGUGGGAAUUAUACGCGGCAGCGGAGGGGGGCAAUCUUUGAUGUUUAAUGGCCAUGUUGAUACUGUCAGCCUUUCCAGUUACGAGAAGGACCCUCUAUCCGGGUCGAUUGGGACGAAAGAUGACAAGGAGGUUGUCUUCGGACGAGGGAGUCUGGACAUGAAGGGCGGUCUUGCAGCGGCGCUGGCAGCCAUGUCGGCAAUCAAAGCCGGCGACCAUGUGCCUCGAGGAGAUGUGAUAGUGGCUGCUGUCGCGGAUGAGGAAGAUGCAUCUCAGGGAACCCAAGAUGUGCUAGCUGCUGGCUGGCGUGCCGAUGCUGCGAUCGUUGCUGAACCGACUGGAGGUACUAUUGCAACUGCCCACAAAGGUUUCUUGUGGGUGGAAGUCGAUAUUUUUGGAAUUGCUGCACAUGGAUCAAGGCCCGAUGAAGGAGAAGACGCUAUUAUCCACUCAGGUUGGUUCCUUCGCGCGCUGGAGCAGUAUCAGCGCCACUUGCCCGUAGACGACACUCUGGGACAGGCAUCCCUACACUGUGGUUUGAUUCGGGGUGGUGAAGAGCCAUCAUCUUAUCCUGGAAAAUGCACCAUUACUGUCGAGUUCCGCACUAUACCGUGUCAAAUGGAGGAAGCGAUCCUGGAAGAUGUGAAUGGAUUGUUGAGUGACAUUUCCAAAGAGAAUCCUCGGUUCCGAUACGGAGAGCCUCGAGUCACGCUGUCUCGUCCAACACAGAAACUGGCGACAGACCAUCCUCUCGUCGAGAAAACAGCCACCUGUGCAUCUACUAUCUUGGGAACUAGGCCUGCAGUUCAAAGUGUGUCGUUCUGGUGUGAUGCAGCCUUGCUCAGCCAGGCAGGCAUUCCGUCAAUUGUAUACGGGCCGACAGGGGCAGGAUUGCAUAGCAAGGAAGAAUGGGUUGAGGUUGAGAGUCUGCGGCAGAUGGAGAAGGUGUACUUGGAAUUAGUGCGACAGUUUUGCUAUUAA